AUGGCGACCCCUUGUACCAGUCCGCCAUGGGUUCACCGGUCCGGCAAAGUCAAAGUGCGGCUUCACGAUGGCUGCACGUCCGCACUAGCUAAGAAAUUGGUCUCCAUCAUAAGCGCGCGCCACACCACAUUUCCAUCUCUACCACCACCGAUCGACCAAGCUCAUCUACUCGCUAAUGCUCCGGAGUCCGGUCGCCAUGCGGGCCACUUCCACCCACCUCGCCGCCACCAAAUUCUUACUCACCGUCGUCGUCCUCUCCCUGGCCCUGGCCAGUGGCCACGCACGCCGUGCCGCAACCGGACGGGCCGCGUGCUCGCGCUCAGCCUCCGGGACGCGCCGGGCGGGGCCGAGCUCGACGACAGAGGGAACUACGAGGGGGCGCUCGCCGGCCGGAUAAGCCCCUCGCUCCUCUCCCUCUCGCGGCUGCGGCACCUGGACCUCAGCCGGAAGUACCUCGAGGGCUCCCCCGACGCCGCCCUACCGGCCUUCUUGGGCGGCCUCCGGAGCCUGCGCUACCUCAACCUCUCCGGCAUCUACUUCUCCGGCGAGGUCCCGCCGCAGCUGGGAAACCUCUCGAGGCUGCGCUCCCUUGACCUCUCAAGCGACUUCGGCACGCAGCUCCUGCGCUCGUCAGACCUCUCGUGGCUGGCGCGUCUGCCAUCGCUGCGGCACCUCAGCCUGAGCUCGAUCGACAUGAGCAGAGCAAUGGACUGGCCUCGGGCGGUGAGCAUGCUCCCUUCACUCAGAACCCUCCAUCUCUCUUCCUGCUCGCUUCCAAGCACGAACCAGUGGCAACUUCCGGCGGCAGGCUUGUGUAACCUCACAAAUCUUGAGGAGCUGGAUCUCUCCAUGAACCGCCUCAACCACCCGGCCGCAUCCUCCUGGUUCUGGAACGUGACAAGCCUCACUCACAUCAACCUCAUGGAAACCUUCCUGUCCGGGCAGCUCCCUGAUGCACUGGACGCCAUGGCGUCCCUUGAGAUUCUUGAUUUCUCAUAUAAUGGAAACAUGGCUACCAUGCCAAGAAGCUUGAGAAACCUCUGCAACCUGAGGUACUUAGACCUGGAGUCGAGCCUCGUAGGCGGCCAGGACAUGGGCAAGCUGAUGGAAAGCCUGCCGCAGGGAUGCCCAUCCAACAUGUUGCAACAAUUGUACCUAGCAAACAAUGGAAUAGGACACUUUGCUAGAUUAAGCACUCUAGACCUUCGUGGCAACUACCUCACUGGACAUGUCCCGCCUCAGCUUGGUAUGCUCGCUAAUCUAACUUACCUGGACAUUAGUCUCAAUGAUCUUCAUGGUUUGCUCACGGAGGAGCACUUUGCUGAAAUGGCCAGUUUAGAGACAUUGGACCUAUCGCAGAAUCCCCUACUCAAGAUUCACGUGGAUUCAGAAUGGAAGACUCCCUUCAAGCUUAGAGAUGCAAAUUUUUCGUUGUGCAUUAUGGGUCCCCUUUUCCCUGCCUGGCUCCAGUGGCAGGUGAAUCUUACUUACCUUGACAUCUCAAGCUCAGGUAUAACUGAUAAGCUUCCGGACUGGUUCACCACUGCAUUUUCAGCAAUGGAUUUUCUGGAUAUUUUCAACAAUUCAAUAUAUGGCGAAUUGCCGGAAAAUAUGGAGGACAUGUCAUUGACACAAUUCUUUCUCGAUUCCAAUAGACUUACUGGGCCCAUACCAAGUCUACCAAGGAAUAUCAUCUACUUGGAUAUCUCCAUGAACUCUUUAUCAGGGCCUUUCCCAUCCAACCUUGGAGCUCCAGGACUAGAAACGUUGCUUAUGUUCUCGAAUGGCAUCGUGGGUCAUCUUCCCGAAUCAAUCUGCCAUUCACAGAAGUUGAUAGUCUUAGACUUAGCAAACAACCUUCUCGUUGGAGAACUACAUUCAUGUUCUAGAAUGGAAUCCUUGAGGUACCUGCUGUUAAGUAACAAUAGCUUCUCUGGACCAUUCCCACCAUUUGUACAGAGCUGCAAAAACUUGGGUUUCUUGGAUCUUGCAUGGAAUAACUUAUCCGGAACAUUGCCGACGUGGAUUGGCAACUUGGUGCAACUGCAAUUUGUACGGUUGAGUUAUAACAUGUUCUCUGGGAAGAUCCCGGUCAUCAUCACAAAACUCAAGUUCCUUCAUCAUUUGAAUCUAGCAGGAAAUAAUAUAUCCGGAUCCAUCCCACUGGGUAUCUCAAACCUAACAGCAAUGACACGGAUAGCGGGGCAAGAACUCAAGUAUGGUGUAGGAAUUUCGGAUAUGGUGAGCAUUGACUUAUCAUUCAACGGGUUAACUGGGAUAAUUCCAGAGGAAAUUGCUUCUCUUGACGCACUGCUAAACAUAAAUGUGUCUUGGAAUCGCCUGAGCGGUAAAAUCCCAGAAAAUAUUGGGGCCAUACAGUCACUUGAGUCACUCGACCUCUCAAAGAACAUGCUCUCUGGCGAGAUCCCUUCAAGCUUGUCAAAGAUAACAUACUUAAGCUUCUUGAACCUAUCUGAAAACAAUCUUACAGGAAGAAUACCACCAGGCUCACAGCUUGACACCCUGUACCAGGAGCACCCAUCUAUAUACGAUGGCAACAGUGGGCUUUGCGGACCUCCUCUUCAGAAGAAUUGCUCGACAAAUGGUACAUCAACGCAAGAUGAUCAGAACAGAACUGGCCAUGGUUUUGAGCCAAUGUCUUUUAGAUUUGGGCUUGUUCUGGGUCUGAUUCUGGGCCUUUGGUUGGCGCUCUUCACCCUUCUAUUCAUGAAAGCAUGGAGGAUUGCUUAUUUCCGCCUCUUUGACAAGCUGUAUGAUCAGAUAUAUGUGUUUGUCGUUGUUAAAUGGAAAAGAUUUUCCAGAGCAAGAACAACAGAUUAGGCAUCGCAAAGUAGCCGACGUUACAGAUCUUAAUAAAGAGCUUUGAAGACCAGUGCGGCAUACAUAUAAUUCUGAUGAUCACAUGAUGUCUAUUAUGUGUGUACAACAAUAAUCCUGGUGUAUUCACUGGAAUAUGUCUGUAGUACUUGGCAAUCAUCAUUUGA